AUGUCAUUUCAAUCGUUCCAAAUUAUUGAUGACCUCUCAGUGGGUGAAUUGAUGGAUUAUGAAGAUUGCUUAGAUCUCUUUCCGGAUUUUCUUCCUGAAACAACAUCUCAACCCUCUGUUACUACGAUUUCGAGAUUGACACCUCAAUUUGCACCGGCUGCUACUACCACUACAUAUUGGCGCCCGAAAGAUAUUCUCGUAAAGUAG